AUGAAUCGCGGAGCACAAACAAAUAUCUCUUCGCUUUGGAAAGAUGAAUCGUACGCAUCCGAAAGAGCAGCAGCUGAAAAAGAAGCAGCGGAUUUGAUGAAGAAAUACCUGAUGAACUUGAGAGCUUACAGGGAUUCGCAUCCAGAUUUGACCGAAAGUCAUGCGGCUUAUUUGGAAAACGCUAUUUCGGUGGCACAAAAAACUGUAAUGUCGUCGUUGUCGAACCUGUUGAGCAUUUUUACCUGGGCACAAGCUGUGGUUUUUGACGAUGAUGGAAAAACGGUUGCUGGAUGCAUAGAAAGGUUGAUAGAGUAA